AUGAGUGUGUAUGAUGAGAGCAACAUCCAAUAUGUAAUUGCCCAGGUGGUCAAGGAAGUCCCCUUUGUCUCAACACCCGUCAGCUCCUCCUUGGAGUAUCGCUCGCUCCUGGCACAGUCGCUCCUAUACAAGUGCAUCUUGGCCUGCGCCCCGACCUUAGCGCCUACCCUGGCCUCUGCUGCAACCCCUUAUUCGCGGCCCGCCUCGACAGCCCAGAUCCUUUAUGACGAGGACGACACGCUAGCCCCUGUUGGUAAAGCCCUUCCCAAGGUUAGGCGCCUUGAGGCUCGGCUUCCUGAUAGCCUGUGGCGGCUUUCCUCUGAUUGUUUUCACGCUUCUCCCCGUGUCCCUGUGGUGCUCUCAUGCUCCCUCCCCAUUUUGACUCAGGCCACGGCUUAUCUCCAAGCAAGCGGUGAAGCCAAGUAUGUGGAUGACAUUGCCGCGACGCCGGAUACGCUAUAUGCAGCCUUUAUCCUUGCCGAUGUGGCCAACGCCACGCUGAACAGUGUGGACAUUUCUGCCGUCAAGGCUGCCCCAGGAGUGGAAGAAGUUUUCCUUGGUGCUGAUUUGCCCCAAAACUAUACCACAACUGAGGGAGCACUCUCGGCAGACCCCGAACCACUGUUUGUGGCUGUGGGCGAGAAGGUUUGGUAUCACGGCCAGGCUGUCGGCAUGGUUCUGGCCAGCACACAGCGCCUGGCAAAUGAAGCCGCCUCCCUGGCUGUUGUGACCUACUCUGACCAAGCGCCCCCGUUGCUGACCAUUGAAGACGCUAUCAAGGCUGGUAGCUAUUUCCACGAUGCCGGCCCACUUCAAGCCGGUGAAGACAUCGACGCCGCUCUUAAAGAGUGCGAUCAAGUGAUCACGGGAUCUGCCUCUGCUGGCAGCCAGUACCACUUUCACAUGGAGAAGCAAGCUUGCAUCUCCAUCCCCCAGGAAGAUGGAGGGCUUCAUUUGUGGUGUUCUACGCAGUAUCUCGACAACAUGCGCCAGCGCGUUGCAGCCAUCACCAAUCUCCCGGCCAACAAAGUCAAGGUUGAGACCAAACGUUUGGGUGGCUCUUACGGUGGCAAGAUUACCCGCUCUUGGUUUACAGCAGCUGCCACUGGCUUUGCCGCUAGCAAACUGAACCGCACCGUUCGCACGAUCCUUGAUAUCAAGACCAACAUGCGCAUGAUUGGUAAACGCCAUCCGUUCCGCGGUGACUUUCAGGCUGGUGUGAAGGACGGCAAACUGCAUGCUAUCAAGGCUACUUGGUACAUGAACACGGGCGCCUACGUUUACGAUAGCGCCAUGGGCCAAGGUCUUACGUGCGCAGACGCCGCUUAUUACUGCCCUAACUGGUACAUUGACCCCAAGGUGAGGUUGCUCCGUCUUACUUGUCGCACCAACACGCAGUCCAACACCGCAACCCGCGCGCCUGGCUGCAUGCCUGCCAUCUACUGGAUGGAAUGCGUUGUGGAGCAAGUGGCUGAUGCUCUGAAGGUUGACCCGAUCACUUUCCGCAAGAACAACAUUUAUCAACCCAAUGAGGUCACGCCACUGGGUAUGAAGCUGGCUUACUGCAGCCUGCCCACGCUGUGGGACAACUUUGUGGAGGAGAUUUCCCUGUCAAAACUGCAAGCCAAUGUGCUUGCUUUCAACAAAGCCAAUCGUUGGCGCAAGCGCGGUCUGGCCGUGAACCCCAACAAGUAUGGCUUAGGUUGGAAUGGCUACCAAUUGUCCAUGUUCCUGUCGAUCUCGCACAUCGAUGGCACCAUUACUAUCAAACAUGGCGGCGUGGAGAUGGGUCAGGGCUCUGACAUCAAGAUGAUGCAAGUCGUGGCUUACCAAUUAAACGCACCGAUCGACAUGAUCCGCGUGGAGAGCAACGACACCGUGGUCAACGCAAACUGCACCCCGACCGGUGGUUCAGCCACUUCGGACGUCUUGUCCAUGGCCGCUAUGGCUGCAUGCCAGGACCUGAACACUCGACUCAGCCCAUUUUGGCAAGCCAAGAGCAACCCAAGCUGGACUGAUGUCGUGUCUGCCGCCUAUGAUGCUGGCGUUGACCUCAUGACACGGGUAUGCAAUGAUUUCGCUACCUGUGGCUGGGACUGA